AACAAAGGGUAGCUCAGUUGAACGGCAGCGACCCAGCCGAGGGUGAUUUCUACUGAAUGUCCCUGACUCGACGAACGCGUCCGGAUCCGAGGCUCACUGUGGGGAAGACGCCACUCUGAAGCGAAUGAAGAAACAAUUAAUCUUUCACUUCACAUACAGAGGACUUCUAACGAGAGGAAAAAAGAGUAAAAGAAGAAAAUGGAGUAUAAAUUACGGAAAGCUGAACCCAAAGACGUGCCUGAUAUAUUACGACUCGUGAAGGAACUUGCUAAAUACGAAGAGAUGGAGCACCAGGUGACACUGACUGAAAAAGACCUCCUUGAGGAUGGGUUUGGUGAAACCCCGUUUUACCACUGCAUCAUCACUGAAAUCCAAGGAGAGGACAGCAGUGACGACCUGAAGGUGGUGGGAUUCGCCAUGUACUACUUCACGUAUGACCCCUGGGUCGGCAAACAGCUCUACCUGGAGGAAUUCUACGUGAUGGAGCAGUACAGAGGGCUCGGCAUCGGCUCGGAGCUCCUGCGGCACCUCAGUAACCUGGCGAUGAAGACGCGCUGCACCGGCAUGAUGUUCGUGGUCGCGGAGAACAACGAGUCGUCCGUUCAGUACUACAAGCGACGCGGCGCCGAGGAUCUGUCGCAGGAAGAGGGCUGGAGGCUCUUCAGGUUCGACAAGGACAGCCUCGUCAAGAUGGCGACUCCGGCCGAGGAGUGACGGCGCUCCGAGGCAGCAGAACGCGAGGGUCUGAGCAGAGCGGGAGAGGUUAACCUCCGAGUCUCAGACGGGAGUUCAGCUUUUUAAAAAGGGCAGUUUUGGUUUGAUCAGUUUGUAGUUCACUUUAGAACGCCUGUUUGUGUUUGUUGCUCUGAAUCACUUAUUGUUUAAAAUUUAACGACUCCUUGUUAUUGUUGCGCUUUUAGAAGUUUUAGUCACUUAUAUUUGAAAUAAACAUGUAAUCACA